UGAGGAUCUCCGGAGAGGGGCGGAGCGCGCCCGCUCCCGCCACCCCGCCCCGUCCCAGGAGGCAGGGCUCGCGCCCGCGCAGUAACCACGACGGCGGCGCGGCGGUGCAUUGUGGGAGCCUCGCGGGUCACUGACUUCUCAGCCUUUGCGGGUCGCGGCUCUGCUGCGGCGGAAGACCGGGUGAGAGCAUCCCGAGAGCCCGCGCGCCGGUCCUGCCUGCAACUAGCUCAAGACCCAGGGCUGAGAGGGAGAGCUGGAGCCGGCGUUCCCUCUGUGCCGCGAGGAGGACACAGCUGCCUGGUCUCGGCCACCGUCGUGCCCGCCGACCGCCCUGGAGCCGUUGAAGGACGUCCACCUGGGCCUGGCCCCGCCCGGCCGCGGCCCCGCUCGCCUGGCCCUCCUCUCGGGCCACUACCUUUACUAUCACUACGGCUGCGAUGGCCUGGACGACCGGGGCUGGGGCUGCGGCUACCGCACCCUGCAGACGCUGUGCUCAUGGCCAGAGGGCCGAUCCGCCGGCGUGCCGGGCCUGGCCGAAGUGCAGGCGGCCCUGGAGGACAUGGGCGACAAGCCCCUCGGAUUCCGGGGCUCCCGGAGCUGGAUCGGUUGUGUAGAAGCCAGUCUCUGUCUCGACCACUUCAGAGGGCCCCAGGGGCGCCUGUGUCACAUACCCCGUGGAGAAGGGCUUCUAGGGGAACUGGAGAGGCUUUACUCCCACUUUGCAGGGGGCGGGGGGCCUGUAAUGGUUGGGGGGGAUGCGGACGCCCAGUCCAAGGCCUUGCUGGGAGUUUGCCUGGGAUCAGGCACGGAAGCCUACGUUCUGAUAUUGGACCCUCACUUCUGGGGUAUGGCAAAAAACCCUAGUGAACUACAGGCUGCUGGGUGGGUGGGAUGGAGAGAGGUGGGCACAGCCUUUGACCGCAACUCCUUCUACAACCUGUGUCUGACGAGCUGCAACUCUCCAAAGCAGCAGCACGCCCUGGACUGAGGCUAAGGUCCCAGAACUGAGAUGUCCCUGGCCCCAAACACAGCCACCUACCCCCUUUUCUCAAAGGCAAAAGCUGCCUUUGAAGUACAUAAAAUGGAAAGCUCAGCUAAUCAUGGCCCCAGCCGAUCUUGGGGGAGAAUUUGGGGUGGUAUAUAAUAAAGUCAAUCACUAUGGAA